AUGGCUCCUAAAUUCAAUAAUUAUCGACUAUUAAAUCAACGAAUUCGGAGGUCUUUGCGUUUCAACACUCACCAAUUGCGUUCAUUGCCAAUGCAACUUUCGGAGCUUAUUGUUGAUUAUUUUGAUAUUUAUGCGCCAUAUGAUUAUAUGGAAUUUGACUACGCUGCAUCUUUGACAAGAUUUGGAUGUGUGGAUGCAUGUACAUUUUUAGUUGCAAUGGUCUAUGUUGAUCGUAUUCGAAAGCUUGAUAAACAAUUUUUUGAAACAACCGAUCCGAACGAAAUUUAUAUAUCUGCUCUUGUUGUCGCUUCUAAGUUUCUUUAUGACGAUGGUAUUAAAGAAUCUGUUUAUAAUGACGAAUGGGCCGUAUCUGCAAGUACAUCUGUUAAGCGAAUUAACGCUCUUGAACUACAGUUUUUGGACGUUAUUGCUUGGAAUCUCAAUAUUGAUGAAAAUGAGUUUUAUAAUGUCUUGGGAAUUUGUGAAAGGUGGAUCGCUUUAAAUUCUGUUAAAAAAUUUGGUUUUUGCACGUAUAACGAAAUAAACAUAUUAUACGAACGUCUCAAUCUUUAUUUGAAAUGUGUUCGACCAUUGAUUUUGUUUGUUUCGAUCGCCAUCUUAAUAUACGUCACAAGUUUAUCGUUGAUGUUUGUUGCCUUCCGGCUUUCUUGUACUUUUCAUUCAGAUGGUAAAUGA